GCCUCUGGCUUAGGUACUCCAGCCUCACCUGGUCUCCAGAUGGACCCCAACUGCUCCUGCACCACUGAUAAAGGAUGCUGGGUUUCAGGGCCUUAGGAUCUCCAUUUUCAUGCCAGAGGAUAGAAUGUCCCUGUGGCAGGAGCUGCGUCCUGCACCUGUGCUGGCUCCUGCAAAUGCAAAGAGUGCACAUGCACCUCCUGCCAGAAGAGUGAGUGUGGGGCCUUCCGUGGGAAUCGGGGGACUGGGCAGAGUCAGAGGAGGGAACCCAGAGCUCAGCAGGCAGGAGCAGGACAGUGACCAGCUUCCCACAUCCCCUUUCUGGAACUCCAGGCUUGUCUUGGCUCCAAAUGGAUCCCAACUGCUCCUGCACCGCAGGUGCCUCCUGCACCUGUGCUCGUUCCUGCACGUGCAAAGAGUGCAAAUGCACCUCCUGCAAGAAGAGCUGCUGCUCCUGCUGCCCUGUGGACUGUGCCAAGUGUGCCCAGGGCUGUGUCUGCAAAGGCUCGUCAGAGAAGUGCCGCUGCUGUGCCUGAUGUUGGGAGAGCACUGCUUCCAGGCAUAAAUAGAGCAACCAGUACUAACCUGGAUUUUUUUUUCAAACUACGCUGAUCGGUUUGCUAUGUUUCUUCCUUUAUUCAAUAUGUGAAUGACAAUAAAACACUUUUGACUUGA